AUGGCAAAGUUAGAAAGAAAAUUUGCAGAUUUCAACUUAUUCCAGGUAGCAGCUGAGACCAGAAACAAAGACCUGAGGCCAUGGGUGCCAGACCUGAUAAAUCAUUUUUGGCAUUGUUGUCAAAUUGCUAAUGGCAAUGAAGAUGUCUUGCCGGCAAGGUGGAGAGGUGCACUUCAUCAUGUGACUAAUGUGCAUGAAUGGAUUUCUGGUGAUGAUGCAAUAGAGCCAAAAUGUGAGCUCGAGGAAUUGGAAGAGAAGGAAGACGACAAGUGGCUUGAAGCAGGAUCUCCUGCACAUGAGGCAUUGACACAUGUCAUGCUAGACACACGGUUCCUUCACAACCUUCACCAUUAUGCUGACUUCAGGCACACUGGAGAACUGGAAACAUUCCAUGAACAUAUCCUUGUGAACUGUGCUAAAAGAUUUGCCUACACGUAUCCAGUCUAUAAAGCAAGAAACUACUUGGCAGGACUGGACUAUCAGAUUCACAAGGAAAGACCAUUUCUGAUGAAUAAGAAUGGCGAAUUUAGACUUCAUAGAUGCUUCUCUAAAUGAAGUGGAUCAUACAGCUGCUACAAAGAGAAAGUGCCAAAGACAUACACAAACUUUUUAAUGGCUUCCAAGAAAUCCAGAUUUGAUGAGAAGUGAAUGCAACUUACACAAAUAUAGUCUUGCGUGAAUUGUCAUAGAACAGGACUUCAGGACAGAAAGAUAUCCAUUAUUCUACCAUAUAUGAAAUAAACAUUUGCAAAAUCUCAAAAAUAUUGAGGAUUGAAUAAAUGUACUGGGUGCCGACCAGUCACCGGACAGAAAUCUGGGAUUUUCCAUUGCCGUUUUAUAAAAAAUUAACACAAAAACAUGAAAUUUGCCCCGAUAAAACUUCAGCUCAUUUGUCUUCCGAAAAUGUAAAAAACUCAAACAAUCGGACGUAAAACAUCGUAUAUCUUGAGGCUCAAAAGGGGUAAUGAAAUGCAUUAAAUCAAACAAGGUGGAAUAGUCACCGGACAAAUAUUUCAAAGACUGAUUAUUUUUAUUUGACGAUGACAAUUGUACCGAAAAAAACUGAUUAUGUCCAUCUGUCUUCUACGCCUUCUAGAAACAUCUUUUCAUGCACAUUCAAAGUGUUAAACUAUCCUCGGGGUCGAACUACAUAACAGCAGUGAUUUACCCAUGUUACCAUUUUAAACGAAGUACUAUCUGCAGAAAAUACCUCGGUGCUUAUGCCACCAUAAGGAGCCAACAAUCAAAUCUCUUUCCGUUUUUGUUACUUUCAGAAAACCCAAGCAAUCUAUAAAUAUAUUUUUAUACAAAUGAGGCUCGGAAUGGAUGUAAAUAUAUAUUAUCAUAUGCAAGGGCAUUCACUCGUGCGGUAUUAACACAUGACCUAGCAAAUGAUACAGACGUUCAUUCAUUUUACAGAAACAGUAUUAUGUUUUACCAAUAUGUGAUCCAAGUGAGGACUGAAUCAAAAAGAAAACUGUCAUCUGCAGUUGUAGGGGUCUGUGCUAUACAUGUAAUUGUUUGAGACCCACUUGGUGACCCCCAAAAAUAAAUCAAGUUGCGCAUGCGCACUGCCAUUCCAAUGCCCCAAGGUCAGAGGACAGCAGUUUUGUAAACACGGGUGAGAAUUGGUACGAUUUUCCUCGUUUACUCUUAUUUGUCAGUCAAUAUUGAUAUAUGAAAAUGAAAACAGUGCUGAAUGUUUCCGAUUAGCAGAUUACUGCGAUAUAAUCGAAACAAAGCCGUAAUUACGUUUGUCAAGUAUAUAUUCCUGUCCAGUGACUGGUAGGCACCCAGUAGAGUAUUUCUUAUUUGUUCAAACCAUUUGAGAGGGUAAGUUACACUAUAACCAAACCAAAGAGCAAAAGUCUUGAAUCCACAUGCUGUUUAUUUUCUUUGUAAGUUGUACAUAUAACAAGUGCCAAAAUGUCAUAAACCCAGUCAGGAAAUCUGACCAAUUCUGUAGAACAGGAGAUUCAAAGAUAAGCUAUUUGAUCAGUAAAGUAGGCCUGUACACCAUAGUCAUUUUAAUAGUGACUUCAUUACACAAAAAGGCAUAAUUCUAUUUGCUGGAAUAUAUAUCUGAUCAAUAAUGGACUUCUCUUCAAAAUGGCUGAAUUUUAUAUCUGACAUAUUAGAUGUAUUUGUAUUUUUUCAGCUAAUGAUAAAAAAUACUCCAUUUAAUAAGAGGACAUAUGACAUCAUGGUGUAUGAUACAUGAUACAAUCUCAUGAUAGUCCAAAAAGUUUGUAUCAGACAGAUUAACCAGUUAAUGGGCAAUACGGUCAAACUUGUCUAUAAAUACCACCCUUGUGAAAGACAAAUGGUCUUUUUUCAUGGGUUAAAAUACACUGUUAUAAUUUAGAAACAAAACAUGUGGUCCCUGGAGCCAGGUAGUCUCUUUUAACCCUUAUCAUGCUGGACACAACUGAUUCUGCCUCUGAUCAUCAUCUGCACUGUAUACCAUUCAGUCAAUACGUUUUGGUAAGCACCCCUUUUUAACAGUUAAUGGUACUGUCGUAAUUGAAGGAUGGACAAGUUCGUUACAUAAAUUUACCAUGGUAAGGUGGUAUUUAAAAACAAGUUUGACUGUAAAUGAUUUCUGGAGUACUCAUGAGGCAGAAGCCUCUGGCUACAGUAUACUAACAGUACUUACGGAUUUUUACCGAGAAAUAGCGACACACAAUUUCUAUUUUUGGCUUGGUCUGGCUUAUGAAGGAUGGAAUAACGAGUCUCAUGUUAACGUUAUUGUUCAUUCAAUAGCUAGACAUGUUGGUAUGAUGGACUUUAUUUGUACAUGGCCUCUAUUGAUUUCAAUGUCACUGAAUCGAAUGUAAAGAUUACAAUGACCCGAACAUUGAAAAAAUGAAUUCUGCAUGAUAUAUGGACAAGUAUUUCACCUAAGACCUUGGAACUUCGAAAUAAUGCUGUUGGUCUUUAUGUCUACAUUAACAUUUUUGUUAAAAGGUCACUGCUUCAAAGGUCAAGGUCACAGGGACAUGAACAUGUUAGCUUGGUUGUUUUUAUUCAAUAUCUGGACUAGUAUUUCACCUAGGAUCUUGAUACUUCCAAUUUAUGAUGGUUUUGAUGUGAACAUGACCUCUAAUGAUUUCAAGGUCACUAAGUCAAGGUCACUGGGACUUGAACAUUGAAAAUAAUUUUUGCUCAGUAUCUGGCCUAAGACUUUGAAAGUUUAUAGUUAAAUUGGUCUUUAUGUGUAUAUGACCUCAAAUGAUAUCAGGGUAAAAGGAACCUGAACAUGUAAACCUCUGUAUGACCUCAAAUGAUAUCAGGGUCAAAGGAACCUGAACAUGUAAACCUCUGUAUGACCUCAGAUGAUAUCUAGGUCACUGAGUCAAAGGAAUCUGAACAUGUUAACUUUGUGUUUACUCAAUAUCUGGACAAGUAACACCUAGGACUUUGAAACUUCAUACCUAUGUUAGUAUUGAUGUGUACAUGACCUCAUUUUAUCUUCGGGGUCACUGGGUCAAACAUUGAAAAUGGUUUCUGUGCAAUAUCUGGGCAAGAAUUUCACCUAGGGCCUUGAAACUUCAUAGCUAUCUUGGUCUUCAUGUGUACCUUACCCAAUUAAUUUUUUAGGGUAAAAGGUCAGGGUUACUUGAAUGUUACUUACUACCAAAGGUAAGAACCAGUUUAGUGAAUUGGAGCUAAACUGUUCAAAUGCUGGGAGUUAUAUGGUUUUAACUAUAGAAUUAUGGGGCUGUUCGGCUACUGACUAAACUUUGUUGAAACAUUUUGUUCUUACUUAUUCUAUAGUUUGGUGAAGAUAUGAUAAAAAUAGUUCUAUAUAGAAACACAUGAAUCUUUGUACCUAUUGUCCGACCAACAUAGCCAGUCCCAUUGCUUAGAAACAGCAUAAAAAAUGAAAACAAUUGUGUUAAUUUCAUACAUUUCUUGCAUAGAAUUGCUUAAUUUACAAAUGCUUGUUCAUAAAAUACAAAGGAUGUCUAAGAAAUUCAUGGAACAAUUUCAUUUAUGUGUGGAGUUACUUUUUGUAAGCUUACAAUGAGUUCUUUAUACAAAUGCACACAAUAAUAGACUAAUUUCUAUAAAACUGUUACAUUUGUUGGUUUACCUAAUCUGUGUGUGACUAGCAUUUCUGAUGAUUUUUUUCAGUACUUAGAAACCCUUCCUUUUUACAAGACACUAACUAACCAUUGUUAAGCUUUUGAUAUGUAGAUAGAACUCAUGACUGUUAUUAAUAAAUGAUA